CUUGAUCCACAAUCCGUCGAAGGUCUGUGUGUGUUUGACAGGAUAUUUCUUGUCUUUUUUUACAUCGCCGACACGGACUCUCCCAGGUAGCCAUGUAUGAGCCUCAAGCAGAUCGCGCUACCGGUCGCGACGAAGAGGCAGAGCAUCUGCUCUCGGAACGAUACGAAGACGACUCGUUGGAAUCUUCCCAACACGAUGUAGCGAACAGUAGCGAUACUGUGCAUGCAGUAUCUCAAAGAAAUGAUUAUGUCCUGGAUCCAGCGUGGAAUGCAUAUGCGAAGCCACAGAAGCGAAUCUACGACUGGACCAUAACGGACGUCGAACUGAACCCCGAUGGCGUCUUCAGACCUAUGGUUGUCAUCAACGGACAGUUCCCCGGUCCUAUGAUCGAAUGCAAUGAAGGCGACACUAUUGUAGUCAAUGUUCGCAACGAAGCUGUGAAUGCAACAUCCAUCCAUUGGCACGGCAUGUACCAGAAUGGGACAAACUGGAUGGAUGGGACUGUCGGCGUCACACAAUGUCCGAUAGCACCGGGAGCCGCCUACACCUAUGAGUUCUCAACACAGGGCCAAUGGGGCACGUACUGGUAUCAUGGCCAUAGAGGCGUACAAGCUUCUGAUGGUCUACUUGGUCCUCUUAUAAUUCACUCCAAAGAUGAAAUUCAGCAUCUGAAAUAUGAUACGGACAGGGUGGUGAUGGUUCAAGACCAUUACUACAACACGUCGAAUGAGCUCCUCAUGGAUUAUCUGAAGCCAAACCAGGAGAACGCCGAACCAGUUCCAGACAGUGCACUCAUCAACGGACGCAAUGUUCGUGAUUGUGCUUUGCUACCAAACAGGAUAUGUGACAGCUCGAUGGCAACUCUUCCCACCAUGGUUCUGGAAGAGGGCAAGAAACAUCGUCUGCGCUUCAUCAACGUUGGCGCGUUUGCUGAAUUUCAGGUACAGAUAGACGAGCACGAAUUUGCCGUCACCGAAGUUGAUGGCACAGACGUCAUUCCAGCUUACUUUCAUCGACUUAAUAUCCUCCCAGCGCAGCGCUACAGUAUUGUGGUCGAUGCAAGCGUUACUACACAAUCUGCGUAUUGGCUACGAGCAAGGAUGGUGACGCAUUGCUUCGCAGAGGAAAAUGAAGAGAUGGAAGCUGAGGUCCGGGCCAUUGUUCAAUACUCGGCAACGGAGCUACAUGAUAUAGAGCCAAAGAGCAGGGACUGGCCGGAAGUCGUAGAGGUCACUUGCCACGAUAUGAAUACGACAGAGCUACAUCCCGCGAUACCAGUCGCAGCUCCUUCUGAUGUCAACGAUGUCAUCCACCUCCGGUCAAAUUUCGAGAUUGGUAACUGGAAGCUCAGUCGCGGCUUUUUCAAUCAGAGCUCGUGGCGUGCCUCGUCUAAUUCAUCUUCGUUGUCACGUUUCAUCUCGGGAGUCAAGACUGGCAACGGCGCUUACACAUCAAGCCUAUAUAGAUCGUUUGGGAUCAAUGAUGAGGUCUUCGAUCCAUCUAGUGAGCUCACGUAUCAAACCACGGGCAUCCAGACGGUCGACAUUCUAAUCUCGAACUUCGACGACGGUUCACACCCUAUGCACCUACACGGCUACAAAUUUUGGGUCCUUGCGUCAGGUAUUGGCUAUCCACCAGAGAAUCUUUACGAUCCCGGUGUGCUUGAUCUCAGUAACCCCUUGCGCAGAGACACAGCGUCUAUCGAGGCUUACGGAUGGAUUCUUCUACGGUUAAAGGCUGACAACGCUGGAAUGUGGGCCUUUCAUUGUCAUAUUACCUGGCAUGCUGAGGCUGGGUUGAUGAUGCAGUUCCUUACGCGUGCUGACAUCGUUAGCAUGUGGAGUAUACCCAACGAAAGCGAGAAUCUUUGCAUGAUGGCAGGUCUCGAAAAGGGUGAGCGACCCCAUGACGAGAUCUGGUUUGGCAACCGACCAGGGGUUUGA